GUUGGUUUUUCCAAUAUAGUCUAAAACUCUUCUAUAGCUUCUAUACAGUUUGUAUUGACACCCCCCAUUUAGGCUCAGAAAAGUGUUUGUGGAUAGUUUUGUCCGGCUAUUUGGAUAUAUGUGCCACGGAUGGUUUCCAGUGAGUUCUUAGAUGAUAAGUGGAUGUGCUGAUUUUUGACCUGCUGGAACACUGUGACACUGCCCAACUGUAGUGUCAAUGUAGAUGCCCGUUCCUAAGGCUGACUUUUACAAGUAUAUUUUUGAGGCUCGCAGUGGUGGUGCAAUUUCAACAUGGCUUCUUUCAUAGCAAAGCAGAUGGUUGGAAACCAGUUGAAGUCUGUAAAAGAAUCAGUUAUUGGUGCAAUGGGGGGUGACGAUGAGAAGAAGGAUGACGCGGGUUCUGAUGGAGACGAGGAUCCCGAGGUCGCGGAAGCCCGAAGAGAGGCGGAGGAAAAACGUAAGGAUAAACAUCGCAAGAUGGAGGCAGAACGGGAAGAUAUGAGGCAGUCCAUUAGAGACAAGUAUGGCUUAAAAAAGAAGGUUCCGGAAGAGGAAGGCAUGCUACAGCCACAGGAGGAAGCAGGCCGUAUUGGUCGUAAAAAGAAAACCCCCGCAGAGCUCGCUGCCGAGGCUAAUGCUGAGGAUGAUGACGAUGAUUUCGCAAAACUUCCCGGGAAUUUAGGCGAGAUAACUAGUAAAGUAUCCGAGCUUCCUGGUAAAAUAGCGCAGGGAAUGGGUGGGGUAACGGAGAAAUGUUCUCUGCAGUAACCUAGCAGGGGCUACUUAUGUGAGCUACAACAUUGCGUUCUGCUGGUGUGAACUUUGGGGCCGUACAGUGUACGUGCAGUGCUGAAAACCGGCAAUUAUCUCCUAUCCUCAAACCACAAGCCAGCUGGGGACCAGUCCUUUCUUAACUCUGGCUUGUACUUCAUAUUUGUGUGGAAUACAUUUUGUGUAUAUUAAAAAUGUAUAAGAAUUAGGGUUAAGUUAUUUUCAAGAAUUUAAAAGUGAAACUACAUGUAAUAAAGUUUUGAAAUAUAAUUUUGGAAAAAGCGAGAGAACAAAUUUAGAUGCAAAGUGAAUUGAAAAAUUGUUGAACAUUAUUUUAUGAUGCGGUUUAAUCAUCAUUUUCUUUUCUGAUAUCUUAAUUGUUCAAUUGAGCUGCUCGAAAUUGAAAUAUAAGUUAAGCUAACAAAUACAGUUUCACAUGCAGUGGUCAAAUUUUUUUUCGUUGUUCACUUACACAGUUAUAAAUUACUUUAUUUGUGAAGUAAGUCAAUGUUAGCUGAAGUACUGUGUCCCCAGACUGCACAACCAGAGUCUCUGGAACACUUGAAAUAUGCAAGCUUUUGUAAGCCCUACUGUCUACCACCCUUUGUGCAAAAUACCCCAACCCUAUACUAAAAAUUCUCGCUCUCUUAAGGUGGCAAGCUGGUGCUUUCAUUGUUAUUUGACAGAUUGAAUUAAUUUACUAUUGUCAGUUAAGGAAAUAUCUGGUAAGAUAGUAUGAAUGUACUGUAAGCCAUCUAGCCAACGCUAGCCUAGAUUUUCUGAUUGCUGUUGUGUUUGUAGUGGAUUUUGUUCCCUGAAGCAGAUUUAGUUGACUCCCAUUAAACUUUAAGAAGUGUCUUGUUUGUCUGAUUAGCUGGGUUAAGUUCGAAAAUUCAAUCUCAAACCAGAGGGGAAAGAGGAAAAGAUUAAGUUAGUUCUCAAAUCUUCUGGGAUCAUGUAUUCACAAAUAUGCAGAUUUUUUGUUCACAGAAAACACUGUUUAAUUAUUUGAAAUAAGGAGUUUUCACAGUGAUCAAUGAUUAAUUAUUUGAAAUCAAAAGUUUUCACAGUGAUCGUUUUCAGAGCGUUCAAAACUGCUGAGCUCAAUGAUCAUGCACUGUACUGAGCACAUUGAAGGGGAGACAAUUUUAUCUGCUGUCAAUCAUUAUAUUUCAACUUUAGUAUUGUAGCUCUGUAUGUAAAUAAUUUAAGUAUGUUAUAUGAUGCUACAUAUAGUGGGCCAUGGUGGCGAUCUCAGUCUCAUGGUAUUUUUCCGUAAACAAAUCAGAAGUGACUAUGUGACUCAAGAGUAUUUUGUGCUUUAAAGGACUGGUAUUCUCUUGUUCUUCAUCAUUUGUAUAUGUGUCAAUUAUGUAUUUCCUCUUAAGGUUUGUGUGACACAGUGGUCAUUGUAAUUUGAUUAUAUUUCUCGCCUUUGGGUCAAAUUGACAGUUUAUUUGACACUUAAUCUCACAAUUUCUUAGCACCCGACAAUUAUUUUCAACAAUAAACCUAGAGCCUAAGUACAGACAUGACAUAAAAUGAUAUUUUCCGUGUACUUGAAGUUGUUUUGUCAUUAUAUUGUUAUAUUUCUGGCCUUUUCUACAAUAGAUGAAUUGAAUCAAUCAAAAUGAAGUUGGAAACUGCCCUCAGGAAGAUAGUAAAAGGUUUUGUUACCAUGGUAACUUUUUUUAUUCGAGACAAGUGUUUCCUAAAAGUGUUGACAGCAUUUCGUUUGGCGGCAUCAUUAGUGCUUUUUAAGAUAUUGGUUUUCUUGAAUAAACUUUAGCUAAUUGUCUUGUCAUGAUUAAUUACCAGAAAUAAUAGACCUCAGGCACACACUCAUUCCUCAAGACAGUUUUAAAGGUUCUGAUGUAUACAACUAUUUUAUGGAGAAUUCACCAUUGAGAUAAUCAUUUGAAACUGUUUUGAAUUUAUUAAAUUAUACUAAUGUGUUAACACUCCUGAUAUGAGAUUAAAUUUGUAAGUUAUUUUCUUCAUUUAAUGUAAUGAUAUGAAAGUCAGUGUAAAGUUAUAAUAACAUUGGUCAUUUAUCAAAUGAUGGCUGCAAAUGCCCUGUGCAUGCAAUUCUAUGAAGGAAAGUUACUUUAUAUGUUUAGGCUGCAUUCAACUACUUUUUAAAAUUAGAAUAAUUAUUAUAAACCAUCAAUUGAAGAUAUGACCAAUACAAAUUGAAUUGUAUUUAAUCAUUUUAGAUUUAUUCUGGGAUUCAAAUUAUUUAUUUAUUGAUAUCAUAUUCCUGUGUUUUUUAAAAGUUUUCAGUAUGAAAUGCUCUUAAGGGAAAUAUGUUAAUAUGUAAUUGUGUUUAAAUUAAUGUCUUAAGUUAUGGACCAUAUAAGAUAUUUUAUUUUGUUGUGAUAUUACAUGUUUUUUAUUUCUUUUAUUGCUUUUCCUCAUUUCUAAACAUAUCAGAUAUGUGCGGACAGAUAUAUUGUCCUAAAUUGUUCAAAUAUACUCACAAACUGUCAAUCUCACAUUGUGCAAUAAGUUUUAUGUUGAGAUUUAUUUAAUUUUGUACUAAUUUUCCUACAGUUAGUUUGAUGCAGUUGUAAAGAGGUGCAUUUUUUGCAUUCCUUGAUUGUUUGUAUAAGACUUCAACUUAACAAAUGUUAGAUGCAUUGAAACUGUAUGUAUGAUCUGUGUUCUUCAUCAUAUUCUUGUUCAUCCUUUCUGAGAAAAGUAUUCAGACUUAUGCACCAGUAAAUUGCAACCACGAGCCCCCAGGUCCGGGAAAUAGCAUUCCAGCCAAUCCCGGGUAAAAUCCCCACCCUGUGGGGACACUGCUGGUAAAAUCAGCAUAUGCCCCCACACCCCUGGUAAGGCUCAUUCCUUGCUGUUUUUGGCGCAGAAACAAAAACACCUCACUCACACCUGAAAGGUGAAAACACGGCCCAUUUCCCCUGCUAUCACCGGUAUACCCCUGGACCUGGGGGGGGCCGUGGUUGCAAUUGACUGGUGCAUUAUAAUAUUACAAUCAAUGGACCAGUGUAUCUAUCCUAUGGCUUACUAAUAUACAAAUGUUUGAUAACUGUUCAUGCUUUUGCAUCAAUGAAGUAGGUAAAUAUAAUUAUUUGCACAUUUAGAUAAAAAAAAUUCAAAAACGGAAACUUAAUUGACCGGCUAUUUGUCUAAUGUAUUAUAAUGUUAUAACCAUUCCAUUUUCAAAAUGUCAGAAAUCAAUAAAAAAUUAUGCUUCCAAAUCUUAAGCUUAAAACUUAAAAAAGAGUACAUGUUUCUAAUGCAUGGUGGUUGAUCAACAUUCAUUAUGCCUCAGAAAUGCCUUUUUUCAUGUUCUUGUGUUUGAAUUAACUCUGUUUAUUGCACCUUGCAUCUACCGUAUUUUUCCUUUUUCUAAUAGUAAUGCUUACUCUGAUUAAAAACAUGAAGAGAGAGCUUAUUUUUCUGUACGAUGAUAUAUCUGUCAGCCAUUUUGUUUACUAUAAACCUAUACCCUUAAGCACUACUCUAUAUAUGGGUUACACACCACCAAUUCUUGAGUUUCUUGAAAAUUACAUUAGUAGGGGGUGUCUAUCAGGAGUCAGGACAAAUACUGUAUUUGCAUUGUUAUUUUGUUAAAAUGAAAAUCUUAAACAUACGAUAUUGUCUGAAUAGAAUUAUUUGCUAUGUUGUUCUAUUUGCUGCAUUUUACAAACAUUCCAACAUUUCAUGUUUCUGACUUUAAAUCACUUAAAAGAGAGUGAGGCAUUCAGAGAUAGACCCUGGAGUUCUUUAUUUAUUGUAUACUUAGAAAUAAUUUAACUGAUUUUGUGGAAAUGUAGUAUUGAUGAUGUCAUCUAUUUUUUGCUAAGUUUAUGUAAAUUUAUGAUUAAAUGCAUUAAACUUUGAUCUGAUCACAAUACUGGUAUUACAGUAAAUGCGUAAGAAGUCCUGAUCUUCUCUAAAGCUUGUACUCAUUCUAUGUUUUAGGAUAAAAGUGUUCAAAGAAUCCAUUUUUACUUUGCAGAAUUUGUUAUGUUUGUAAUUAUUACAACUCCAAUUCUGUUCAAGAGUGAGUAUGUAGAUCUGCUAAUUUGUGACUUAUGAUGUUGUGUCAUCAAAUUUUCCUGUCUCGAUUGUUAAGACUUAAAUAGCCCAUUAUUUCAUGCUUUAAUAACCCACAUAUACAUGACAACCAGGUGUGAAGCUAGCGUAACAUCAGUUGCAAAAGUGAAAAUUAUUGCCAAAAAAUGCAAAACUGAUGAAAAAUGGUAGGCCAAAUGUGGUGAAGCCUAUUGACUCUUUAGCUGAUGCAUUACCAGCAGUUGGCCUACCUACCACGUACCCUAUCAGCUAAUACAAUGAGUCCAAUCAUACACUUUACAAUACCAGGGAUGUGCUUUGUCAGCUGAUUUCCGCAGAUCUAAUGGCACAAGGGACAAAAAAAAAGAUAUUUUUCGUUUUCACCAAUUAAAAAAAUGUUAACUUACUGCUUUUGCUUGUUACAUUAUUAGUUGUUAGAAUUGACACCGAGUUUCAGCCCUUGGAUUAGCUGCAUGGGCAAUCACAUCCCUGAAUUGAGUUACGUACGGUACAUAGUAACUUGAAUGCUGCAUGUUCAGGGUAAUUCACCUUUUCACUUAUAAAUUCCUGAUGGAAGAGAGAGAACUACUAUUUUAGUAUAGAGGUAUGAUGUACAUGUUCAGUCACUGCAUAUUGAACGAGCUGAAAUUGGACGCAGGUCAAACAUUUACAUUUUGAGAAACAGUUUUCCCUCUCUUCCAUCCCUACUUAGACAAGUUGGACAAUAUGUGGUGGCCAACCCCUAUAAGUUAUAAACCUGGUAUACAUAAUAUGAUAAUAAUUACACUGUGUAUAAGAUCACAAUUCAUCAUAGUUCAUCGCAUAUAUGUAGGAGAUGUAUUUUGUAGAUGAACACACAUGCUUGAUGUAUUGUUGUAUAUAGAUCUUUUACUUUAUUGUGCAUUGUUGACAUUAUUGUCAUUGUUUAUGAUCAGUUACUUUGUUUUCAUUUAUUUACAAAUAAAAUGUUCACAAAAUUA